CUGUGGGAAGGAGUAUGCUCGCAAUAGCACAGGGCACUGGGCUGUGGGUGCUCAGUGGGGCCAGGCAAAGAGGGGACCCAGGAGGCACAGGGGCCCAGGGCCAUUGCCAGGGCAGGGGGUGAGCAGCAGCAGGCCUCCAGCCCAGAUCCCAGGAGUGGCUGAAAUCCAAGCUGUGUAGCGACAGGCAGCACAUUUCCUAAGCUGUGUGGCAUGAUCCUUCCACACCCGCCCUCUGCUGCCCACUGGCCACGUGAGAGCAGCUGGCCCAGCACCGCAGUCACAAGCGGCAUCUGAGUGGACAGCAGGUCCAUGAUACUGGCCGAGCCGGGGGGCUGCCGGCCAGCAGAGCAGAGUUAGGCCGUCAGGGGGCACUGGGGUCAUUGAGCAGGCAGGAGCUGGGCCAAUCCCCAAGAUGCCCACCAACGGCCUACACCAGGUGCUGAAGAUCCAGUUCGGUCUGGUCAACGACACCGACCGCUACCUGACGGCCGAGAGCUUUGGCUUCAAGGUCAACGCCUCGGCCCCCAGCCUCAAGAGGAAGCAGACGUGGGUGCUGGAGCCAGAUCCGGGCCAGGGCUCCGCCGUGCUCCUCCGAAGCAGCCACCUGGGCCGCUACCUGUCGGCGGAGGAGGAUGGGCGGGUGGCCUGUGAGGCUGAGUGGCCGGGCCGCGACUGCUGCUUCCUGGUGCUGCCGCAGGCCGAUGGGCGCUGGGCACUGCAGUCAGAGCCCCACGGCCGAUACUUCGGGGGCACGGAGGACCAGCUGUCCUGCUUUGCCACAGCCAUCUCCCCGGCUGAGCUGUGGACUGUGCAUCUGGCCAUCCACCCACAGGCACACCUGCUGAGUGUCAGCCGGCGCCGCUAUGCGCACCUGUGCCCUCAUGAUGACGAGAUUGCAGCUGACAGCAACACACCAUGGGGUGUGGAGGCGCUUGUCACCCUUAUUUUCCAGAACCGCCAGUACUGCCUCAAGUCCUGUGACAGCCGCUACCUGCGCAGUGAUGGCCAGUUGGUGUGGGAACCUGAGCCCCAUGCUCGCUACACACUGGAGUUCAAGGCCGGCAAGCUAGCCUUCAAGGACUGUGAUGGCCGCUACCUGGCACCUGUGGGGCCUACUGGCACCCUUAGGGCAGGGCGCAAUACGAGGCCUGGCAAGGAUGAGCUCUUUGAGCUGCAGGAGAGCCAUCCCCAGGUGGUGCUGCAGGCCGCUAACCACCGUUAUGUGUCUGUCCGGCAAGGGGUCAAUGUCUCGGCCAAUCAGGAUGAAGAGCUGGAUCAUGAGACUUUCCUGAUGCAAAUCGACCAGGAGACCAAGAAAUGCACCUUCUACUCCAGCACCGGCAGCUACUGGGCCCUGGUCACCCACGGGGGCAUCCAGGCCACGGCAGCACAAGUCUCUGCUAACACCAUGUUCGAGGUGGAGUGGCGCGGCCGGCGGGUGGCGCUCAAGGCCUGUAACGGGCGAUACGUGUGCAUGAAGAAGAACGGGCAGCUGGCGGCCAUCAGCGACUUCGUGGGAGAGGAUGAAGAAUUCGUCCUUAAGCUCAUCAACCGGCCCAUCCUGGUGCUGCGCGGCCUGGAUGGCUUCGUGUGCCACCGGCGCGGCUCGGCUCAGUUGGACACCAACCGCUCGGUCUACGAUGUCUUUCACCUGAGCUUCACAGACGGCGCCUACCAAAUCCGAGGCCGCGGCGGCGGGUUCUGGCACACCGGCUUCCAUGGCAGCGUGCUCAGCGACGGCGAGCGCGGUGAGGACUUCCUGCUGGAGUUCCGCGAGCGGGGCCGCCUGGCCAUCCGCGCCCGCAGUGGCAAGUACCUGCGCGGGGGUGCCUCGGGCCUGCUGCGCGCAGACGCUGACCUGCCGGCCGGGGAGGCGCUGUGGGAGUACUGAGGACUGAGUACUGAAGCCAUUAAAGCCUAUCUCUGCAGGCCUGGCCCGGUGCCCACCCAAUCUCA